AAAUGCGGAAUUAAUUAAUAACAUUUCUAUAUUUGUAUAUAAUGUACGAUAGCUUAGACUAUAUAGCUUCAAUCAGUCAGAGUUUUACAAUUAAAUUGCUAAGCAAAAUUGAGGACAACAAGAAAAAAGAAAUAAUUAACAUAAACCCUUUGCACUUGCGCGAUUUUUCGCUGUAUGUUUAGAUAUGUACAAAUGUAUGUAUGUGCGCGUGUGUUUGUUGUGUGUGAAAUAUAAACGUGAAAAUGUCAUAAAUAGCGACUAAUCGCGUCGUUUCAUCGAUUGCCGUUGCUGCUGACCAACGCGUUAAUUGGGCUCAACGAAGAGCGCAAAACUAGUGAAAUACACAUAAGAAAAUAACUGUAUAUCUUAAAACAAUGCUGAAAAGACGUCGAUGCAAGCAACUACAAGAACAACAGCAACAAAAACAACAGCAGCUACAAUAAGCUGCACGUAAGAAACCAAAUUGAACCAUCAGCAACAUGUUGCUUAACCGCCUCAUGUUGCUGGCGCUGCUGGCAUCAUUGUUGCCGCAACAGGGCGCCUUUGAAAAUCAAACCCGAACGGUAAAUCCAAACCUCCCCGCAAGGCUGACACACCACAAGGAGUGCACUAGCAUCGACAUACGCAACGAUUGCGACAAAAUGGAACUGCUGGAAAAUUGCACCAUCGUUACGGGCUACGUGAUGAUCACAUUGGUGUUCAAAGAGAAACAAUGCAACUUUUCGGCCUACAGCUUUCCGAUGCUGCGCGAAGUAACGGACUUUAUGAUCUUCACCGAAGUGCGGGGCUUGGUGCGCAUCAGGGACUUGUUUCCCAACCUAACUGUGAUACGUGGUCGUCGCCUAUUCCUCAACUAUGCUCUGGGCAUCACCAAUAUGCAGGAUCUGCAACUGUUAGAGUUCCAGUCUCUGGUAGCCAUACAGCAAGGUCAUGUCUACAUUGGGAACUGUCCCAAGCUUUGUCAAACGGAGGGUAUUAACUGGGAUCGCCUAACACUGACCCCGGGGGAGAAUCAUAUUAUGCUUGACGGAAAUAAUUGUACGGAGGUCGCUGAGUGCAAGGACUGCCCCUCACGCUACUGUUGGUCGAAUUCUCAAUGCCAGCGCUUAGAAAACGACAAUUUAAGCGACCAAAAUGGAGGGAUUCAGUGCCACGAUCAAUGCUUGGGCGGUUGCUACAACGUUACUGCCGCUGAUUGUGUGACAUGUCGAGGACUCAGCGAUGAUGGGGUCUGUGUAGAGAGUUGUCCCCCUCAUAAAUACACCAUGGAGCAAUAUAAUCGCUGUUAUACGCGGGAUCAGUGUGUGGGCCACCAUGGUCAUUAUACCUUUGGCUUUGACUGCGUACCCUUCUGUCCCAGUGGCUACAAAAUUAAUUCCCAGCUCGACUGUGUUCGCUGCAGUCCCAACGAACCGUGUAUUAGUGUUUGCACCCCAGAUUUACAAAACGAGGCGUUCAUCGUCUAUAACUUGGCCGAUGCCCACGAGCUUUACGGCUGCCAAAUUCUGAACAGUAGUCUGGUUUUCACCAUACGCAACAAGGUCCAGGAAAAGCAAUUGGCGCACAGCUUAUCCACAAUUCGUGAAAUACGAGGACAUCUUAAGAUCUACCGGUCCUCGCAGCUUACUAGUCUGCAAUUUCUGAAGAAUAUACAGCGUAUACACGGCGAUCCUCUAGAGAAUAAAUACUACGCUCUCGUACUCUAUGACAAUAAAGAAAUUCGGGAGCUGUGGACGCCAGAUGCGGAGCUGGAAUUUUUAAAUGGAGGCAUGUAUAUGCAUCGAAAUAAUAAAUUGUGCAAUCGACACAUGCGUGAGUUUCAGGCACAAGUCAUACACGAUAAGACGUUGGAUUCGCUGCAGACUAACGAUCAGGAGGUCCUGUGUGGUCCAGCAAAGUUGCUGCUGAAUGUACACGUGCGUUCCCAUCGUAUGGUGCAGCUUAGUUGGCUUAAGUCGCAGACCAGCGUGGAACUGGAGUUGAUCUAUCGACCAGUGGCAGAGGGUCAAAUCUAUCCCGAGCAAAGUGAGCUGGAAGCGCCAAUCUGCACGCGCAUCAAUUGGCAGCGUCGUCUGCUCUUUCCGGAGCAGCUCCUCGACAAUGGCACGCAUUACAACUAUCAGCUGGACCGUCUGACGUCGGACACACGUUAUGCGCUGCUGCUGCGCACCUUUGGUGGCGAAUUUAAACGGGAGGCGCGCAGUGAUUUGACUUUUGUGCGUACCCAGAAGGACAUACCAGAGCCACCGCAACUGCAGUUAAGCAAAAAAACUGACAACAGCCUGACGCUGUUACUAAGUGGCAGCGGGAAUAGCUCACUGGAUUACUAUGAGUUAAGGAUCUAUGAACUGGCCGAUGAUGCCGCGUACAUUGAUGAGCGUGAUUAUUGCAAGCAGCCGGCUGUAUUGUUACAGGACAUGGAUGGCGACGAGUGGAGUACGCCUGUAGAGGACUAUGACGAUUGCUGUUCCCAUCAGCAGGAGCUCAGCGAUGAUCGUCGUUUUAUCGAGGACAUGCGAUCGCAAUAUCGCUGCAGUUUGGAUGAGCCCACCAACUGCGAAUUGUGGCAACAGCCAAAGGAUUCAAUACAACUUCAUCUGUCUGGCAAUACAACGACGCAUAUACUCCAUGAUCUGAAGCGCUAUCAUCUAUACUCGCUCCAGCUUCGGGCCUGCAAUGAACUUGGCUGCAGCAGCCACACAACGCUUAACGAGCGCACCAACUACACUCUGGGCGGGGACUUUUUGCCCGACCUCAGUGCCUGUCGCGUGCCCAGCACAGAUGAGUACAUUGUGCGUUUUAACGACCCUGUACAGCCCAAUGGGGUUAUUCUCUCCUAUGUUCUGCAUUAUCGUAACAUAUUGUCGGAUUCGGGUACGGUUAUGGAAAGCCAUGUCAAUUGUUUAACGCGACGGGCGCAUGCUGCGGCGGAUUUUGAGCAUGUGGCGCUGCUUAAUAUGACGUUUAAUCAGUGCGCCGUGCGCGUCCAUUCUCUUGCCGGGGAUGUGUUGACGCCAUUUGUGCCUAUCAAUUGGUGUGAUGAGGAACAGCGCAGCACGCACAGGCCGCACGCCCACUCCACGACAACAGAGCAGGCGCUUACCAAUAAAACUAACUCUGGUGUGGCCAGCACCGUUACUUCACCCACAACUACAGCCUCGCAUGCGCGCGGUAUAAGCUUCUUCGUCGUUUGCUUUCUUUUUGGCUGCCUCGCCACCAUGCUUUGGGUCAUGUAUAAGCGUCGUUGCUGGCGCAAGUUGCCAGGACUAAGACAUUAUGUGCCCGUCCGGGAGCAAUGGCUGCGUGAGCGACAGCAAACGGAGGAUCGUGAAAUAUUGGUCGAUGGCUUUGAAACGGUGCGGUUUCACAACAACAACAACAGUAACAACGCCGAUGCAUAUUAAUGAACAUAUUGCUAUUUAAAACUUACCUGAA